AUGAAGAGAUCCUUGGAAACUUCAAGCGGCGAUGAGGCCCGUCACGACGUCGACAACACGUCGCCCAACCUCGAGUCGCAAGCGGUCGCCACUCGAACGCGCAAGCGGCAGAAGAUGAGGGAUGCCGUCGUCAAGUCAAAGCCCAAGAAGAUCUCACCUUUCCUCGAUAACGCUAUUCCGGCCGCUUCCUUUGCAGGGCUGCCUCCCGAGGUGCUAUAUGAGAUAUUCAGCCAUUGCGAUCCCGUGGUGCUCGUGCAGCUGACGAAGAUGCUAUGGAAGCAGCGGUACACUGCGUGCACGGGGUAUGAGCUGCCCCCGGCGGCGGACGACAUCUCGGUCCCGCGACUCGCAAUGCUCAUCAUUGACGAGACUUGCUCGCUCUGCAACGCGCCGCCCUCGAGCAACCAGAAGGCGCCGAUCAUCAUCUGGAACGCGCGCAUACGUUGGUGCAAGGCGUGUCUCUAUGCAAGCGACCGCAUCAUCUACGAGGAGAACUUGUUCUCCUUCGAGGUCAUGCGCGACGUCCGCCGCCUCCUCGGGCACACCGAGUUCCGCCCGCCAGAUUUGUUCCCGGGCUUUUGUGCAUCGAGCGGAAUAUUUCAGCUCUUCAUGCUAGAGCCAGUCGAGAAGGCGGCGGAGUUUGGGAAGAUCAAGCAGCACGCCCACAUCUGCAAGCAGUGGGAAGCGAAGAUCCAGGCCGAGCUGAAGACAAAGGAGAAGGCGAUACGGAAGGAGAGGUUGAAGGGAAUCCUCCGACGGCUAAACGUGCUAGGCCUGGAGACGGAGGCCCGCCACCCGGCGAACUGGGAUGCGCUCAGGGCGCACGCGGUCGUGAGCGAGCCGAAGGAGCUCACCGAGGAAGGGUGGGAUCAGAUUUGCGGCCCUUUGCUCGAGUUCGUCAAUGGGCUCCGGGAGAAGCGCCUCGCGCACGAGCGGCGCGAGAUCAUCCGCCAGCGAUACGACAUGCUCGAGAAGGUCUACAAGAAGUACUUGGAUGAGCAGACGGGCCCGGCGCGCUACGAGAAAUCACUCGGCCGCUUCGAGGGCACUCCGGCGCGCGCCCUGCUCCCACAGAUAGGCGCCCUGGUCACCUUUCGGGAGGUCACGGAGCUUGUAGAGGGCACGCCCGUGGGGCAGGCGCUCAUCGAAGGACAGAUGGGCGCGCUGAUCGAGCAGCUCGCGCACACGCACGUCGACGCACUCGGACAGACGCGCUUCGACGCGUGGCGCGCGGCGCGUGAGGCCGAGCUGGUAGCGCUGCUGAACGCGGCGGACCCGGCGCGCGCGACCACCGUGGACCUCCGCCUCGCGGCGACGGUGUUCUCGCUCGCGGGUCGGCGGCGCGUGCAGUACCCCGCCGCGCUGGCGGAGCGCCCGGGGGCGGACUACCGCGACUGGAAGGCGGGCGGCGUCGGCCCUGCGAGGGUGGACGCGAGGGCGCCCGCGCGGGGUGCGGGGGCGGUGGGGGCGUUCAGGGUCGAGCCCGCGCGGCUAAAGUUGGCGGAGCAGGUCGUCAGGCUGGCGGGGCUGGACCCGCGGACGGCGACGCCGGCGGAGAUGGACGCGCAGGUGGCGUGGGUCGCGCUGAAGAGCGAGCUGGACGGCAGCGGGGGGACGUACCGGGCGAUGACGUGGCGGUAUGCGGUGCUCGGCUCCGACGGCACGUACGACUGGUCCGCACUCCGGUCUCUCGAGGACGUGAAGAAGGCCAGGUUCGUGCUUCUGUCGGACAAGGACACGGCGCUAGCGCGCUCGAGAGCGGCACAUGCGUGGGCGGGGCUGGGGUAUGCCGACCUCCCGAGGCCACACAAGUAUCAGAGGGGCAAGUCGCGCAAGCGGGGUGUUUUGUAG